AUGACGCAGCCACGAAUUCCCGCUUCUCUCCCCCACCUCAACGAGGACAACACCGCCCCCGCGGCUGGUGAAUGGUCUAACCACGCGCAUCGCCUUCCCUGGAUUGCCGCUAAGGAAGGUGACCUGAUUAAGUCUGCUUUCCUGAAGUUUCUGCUGGCACAGCCAGCCAAGCGGGAGCCGGUGGUGCGAACCACCAUGGCCCCUGGGUCCGAAAGAUGGAACGAAGAAAUCGGCACCAGUAUCAGAAACGCGGAGGCCGUGUUGGUCCAAAUCGUUGGCCGCAUCGCGGACGUCCGCUGUGACCGUUGCCUCGCGGGGGGGGGCAUUUUCCCCCUCUGCGUGGUGAUCGAUGAGCCAGGCUUUCCAAAGUGCUGCGGCAACUGCUUGUACGGCGGCAAGGGUGGCAGCUGCACCAUCCUUCGCCACGGAGAACCGCAAUCAGAAGACCACGCGGCGAUCUCCCGUGGUGGUCCCCAACCCAACUCCGGCGCGCGCCUUCAGGCUGAAAUACUUUCAAUCUUCGACCGUCUCGGCGCCCAACACGAGCGGCUCUCCGUCCUCCAGAGCCGCCAGAGCACUGCUGUCGCUGAACACCAGUCGGCAGCACAGAGUGCCUCUGUGGCGCUGGAGGACGUGAUGUCCCGGGUGAACCAGAGUCUCCCCGUCCGCCGGACCGACGUGGUUCGCUGCCGCGAUACCAUUACCGCGGCGAUCCGCACCGCUGCGCGUGUGGAGUCAACUAGCGAGGCCGUCGCCUCCCAGUGUUCAUUUCGCAGCGCUGGGCGCGACCGUACCAAUGGCAAUUGGAGCAGUGGCUCCUACCAGGUACCUUGA